AUGCCGGAGGUCCAGGGUGCCACCUUGGUGGAACUGCCUCGGAAACUGCACCGCACCCUCUGCGCCAAGUGCAAGGUGAAUGGCCGAGGGACGGACAUCUCCGAGUCGGUCGUCCAUACGGCGAUGAUGGGGCUUCUGCUGAUGACCAGCAAGACACAUCACACACUCCUGCUAGGCUCUGGGCACAUAGGUCUACGCAACCUUGGCAACACGUGCUUCAUGAACGCGGUGCUACAAUGCCUGAGCAGCACCAAGCCCUUACGGGACUACUGCCUCCGUCGGGAAUUUCGGCAGGAGCAACCGUGCACGCUCCGGACCCAGCAGGAACUGACAGAAGCCUUGGCAGACGUCAUAGCCACGCUGUGGCAUCCCGAUACCAGCGAGGCCGCCAACCCCAGCCGCUUUAAGUCCGUCUUUCAGAAAUACGUCCCGUCUUUUACAGGAUACAG